AUGGACCUGUCGCGGAUGCGCGGCUCGAAAGGCAGGAAAGACGGCAACCAGGCGUUUGGGUGGACGGGAUUGGCCGUGGCAGGAGGUGCGCGUCUAACAGCAUGGGACGUCGCUCGCACUGCUAGUGUUGAGACAACAAUCACAUCAUUCAACAUCAAGAUCCAAUGGGCGAUGCAAGUAUGCAUUUUGGUUGACAAAGAUUGGUUUCUGUUUGAAGUUACCCGAAUUUUUGGGACCGUCAAGCCUAUGGACAACGUUCCUGUGGUGCUAGACUGGAAUCUUAAACGCAAUGACUAUGGUGAAAGAUUCAGAGAAAAACCAGACCUGACUGGUAACUACUCAACACCCAUUUGCAGAAGAAAUAAUGUGACUUGA